CAAUCUCGAGCUCACGAAGUUUGUGAAAGUCGUCUAGUGUGAAAUUUUCAGAUUUUCAUCCUUUAAUUUUGCACCAAAAUGUCUAACGCCGCGCAUCGACAUCGGUACAAAAAUCUCGGCCUGGACUCGACAGAAAUGCGACGCCGCCGAGAAGAGGAAGGAAUUCAGCUAAGGAAGCAGAAACGUGAACAACAGCUGAUCAAGAGGCGUAACGUCAACGUGGCCGAAGAGCUCGAACAGGAUGCGAUUCUAACGGACGAGAUCCAAACAUCUGAUAGUCAAUCAUUGAUAAAACCGGUCGUCAUCGCAGCACUGUACAGCGAAAACCCCGAUGAGCAGCUGCUGGCCACACAGAAAUUUCGACGGUUGCUGUCCAAAGAACCCAACCCGCCGAUUGAUAUGGUGAUCAAGCAUAAUAUCGUCCCACGGUUGGUAAUGUUCUUGUCAAACUCCCAAAAUUCGACGCUACAGUUUGAGGCGGCCUGGGCACUAACAAACAUCGCUUCCGGAACAUCAGAGCAAACGAGCGUCGUGAUAGAGGCCGGCGCUGUGCCAAUCUUUGUCGAACUUAUGAAAAGCCCGUAUGAGGACGUGCAGGAGCAAGCGAUAUGGGCGCUGGGAAAUAUCGCGGGCGAUUCGCCUGAGUGCAGAGAUGUGGUCCUGGACUAUGGCGUGCUGGAACCGUUGUUAUAUGUGUUGAGUACAUCGAUCCGGCUGACACUUACGCGCAACGCUAUCUGGGCUUUGUCGAACUUGUGCCGCGGCAAAAAUCCUCCACCCGACUUCUCCAAGGUCGAGAAAUGCCUUCCCAUACUCGCUAAGCUGAUGUUCCACGAAGAUGUGGAGGUGCUCGGAGAUGCGGUCUGGGCGGUCAGCUACCUGUCGGACGGGUCAAAUGACAACAUCCAGGCGGUCAUUGAUGCCGGUUGCUGUCGACGUCUUAUCGAGCUGCUUUCGCAUACCAACAACAACGUUGUGUCGGCUGCGCUCCGUGCCGUCGGCAACAUCGUCACCGGCAACGAUACCCAGACACAGUUGAUCCUGAACUGCAAAGCCUUACCCUCGAUCCUGCAGCUGCUCAGCUCGCCCAAGGAGGCGGUGCGAAAGGAGGCCUGCUGGACGAUCUCGAACAUCGCGGCCGGCAACCGGCAUCAAAUACAGGCGACCAUCGAGGCCAACAUCUUCCCGAGCAUCAUCGAGCUACUGCAGAAGGCCGACUUUAAAACACGAAAAGAGGCGGCAUGGGCCAUCACCAAUGCGACCAGCGGCGGCACGGUCGAGCAAAUCAAGUACCUGGUGGACGCUGGCUGCAUACCUCCAAUGUGUGAAUUGUUAACCGUGAUGGACCCCAAGAUAGUUACCGUUGCGUUAAAUGGUCUGGAGAACAUACUGAAAGCAGGCAACCAGCAUCGUACCAAACCGAACCCGUACGCCGUGAUGAUCGAGGAAUGUUACGGUCUUGAUAAGCUGGAAUUCUUGCAGUCACAUCAGAACAACGACAUCUACGAGAAGGCAUUUAGCAUCAUACAGAAGUUCUUCAGCAAUGACGACGAAGAUCUGGCCGUGGCACCGAGCACGGAAAACAAUCAGUUUCAGUUUGGUGCCGACCAGUCGGUUCCGAUGGACGGCUUUCAGUUCUAAUCGCGCAGUUUGCAGUGUGGCACGCUUUAUCCAACGGUUUACUAAAUUUUACUUUUCCGCCCGCACCAUGAUUGACCACCAUCGACCACCAACUUCCGGUCAGCUUUUGUCCACUUUUGUUGGCCCAGUAGAGAUAACACCGAACGAUGAAUUAAUUAAGAAGCGGCUUCGAUUAGGAAUGUGUGUGUUUUAUAUUUUCAGAAUCCACAAAGCGUUUGCAAUUAAACUUAUUUGUUUUACGAGUUCUUCAUCCGUUGGACGGAUUACGUUUUGUGACGAUCGCGCUUGUCUCUGGCGAUAUGCAGUAGUCAGCAGGUAGAAGUGUUUUGUGUACGAUAUUUUCGUUCAAAGUGCGAUUUUUUUUCGCAAUGUUUUGUAUGUAUUGGAGGAAAGGUAAAGUAGAAACAUUUUGUGAAUACAAGAACAGACAGGAAAACGACGAACAGAACAUAAUUCUAAUUUAUUUCCUACUUUUACAUCCCCUUUACGUGCUGCUACAAGCAGUGCCGGAUGAGGGAAACCGCAAUGGAGAAUUAUUGAAUAUAAAAUAAAAACAAUAUAGAUUACUAACAAUGGAAGAUAUAUAAAGAUAGGGCAAGUUUACACGUGAAAUUUUUUAAUUUUUAUUUUUUUGCUACAAAUUGCUUCAGAUUAUUAAUCAUAAUAAUUACAUAAUGAAAAAAAAAAGUUGAAACAUGCACUCGCCCGACCGGACAAACCCAUGCAAACUAAACCAACGAUGUUUGAACAAUGGUCCCGAAUAUGAAAACAAAAAAUUACACAAACCUGCUCUCGUCGACUAAUUUUGACCUACAGCCUGGGAGGGGUUAAACGCGUGCGGAGAUAUGUUUGAAUAAUAUAACGUAAGAGAGCGCAAAACCCCAAACUAAAUUAACAAUAAAAUAUUAUCCAUCAUUUACUCUUGGAACGG